AUGGGAAUUGUUAAAAUGCCAUCUUAUCGCGACUAUUGGAAAAAAGACCUUAGAUAUCACCUUAUUGCCGAUGUAAUGAGUUUAAAGCGUUACGAACAGAUACGUCAAUUUUUACACUUUGUCGACAAUACCCAACAAAAUGAUGAUCGUUAUUUCAAAGUUCGGCCGAUUUUUGAAGUAAUACGUCAAAACUGUCUUAAAAUAGAAGAAGAACAUCGGUACAGUGUUGAUGAAAUGAUGGUGCCCUAUAAAGGAACCAGAGCUGGUAAUAGGCGGCAAUAUAUGGCAAAAAAACCAAAGAAGUGGGGUUUUAAAAUAUUUGUCAGGGCAGGAGUAUCUGGCUGCGUCUAUGAUUUCAUUCCUUAUGCUGGUGAAGACACAUUCAGAAACCAUUAUUUUACAGAAUAUGAAAACUCUUUAGGUGUUGGUGCUAAAGUAGUAAUAGCUCUCUGUCAAAGCAUCCAACAUAAACCAGCAGUUGUAUACUUUGACAACUUCUUCUCCUCGCUCGAGCUUAUUCAUUUGCUACGUCAGGAGUAUGGUAUUUUUUCCUUGGGUACAAUCAGAGAAAAUCGCUUAAGAGGGUGUCAGGAAAAGCUACCCAGUGAUAAAGAAUUGAUAAAAAAAGGAAGAGGCUCUAGCAAGCAAAUAGUUCAUGACAGUUUUUAA